UUGUCGAUGGCACUGUUCUGUCAAGUCAGUGCUGGUCAGCCAAUGACGCAUUGAGGGCAGACGGUGAUAGGAAAAAAAACAGACAAUUAUGGCGGAAGCUCUGAACAAAGUCCCUGACGUUGAAAUAGAUCCUGAAGGAAAGUUCAAAUACAUUUUAGUUAGGUUAAAAGUAAAAGAUGGAGACGCUUCGAAAGACAUUGUCAGAGGCACAAAAAGUGCCGAGUACCACAACCACAUAUUUGAGAAGGUGAAGCCUGCAAUGGAGGCUCUUGGCCUGGAGUGUUCAGUUCUUGGCGGAGGCAAGAUUGAGCACAACAACACGGACAAGAAGAUGCACGUCUUUGGAGAAUCAACCGCUUUUGGCAAGGCGGACCAUGCUGUGUCAGUGGAGAAGCUGAAAGCCGUAUUCAAAGACUACGACAUCACCUGGUCUGAUGACAAGAAAUAGGAUCGAACACUGCUGCCUGUAGUUUCAGAGGUUACUAGUGCACUGGCACUUCUUGCAGAUGAAGCCAUACGAACGGGCACAUAAUGUUGUGUAACCUGUUAGUACUGGUACAUGUGUAAAUACAGAACACAAUUUUCACAAAAGUAA